GGUGCAGUACCCUGGUCACGGCCUCCCCGCUCCCGCCCGCGGGGCACGCGCCUUCCCGGGCUCCGGGGGCGGCUUCUGCCACAGGCCCGUGUUCUGGUGUCGGGUCUGGCGGGCGAGAAAGGAAACCGCGGGGCCUAGGCCACAGAAUUUGUUUUCCCCCGAAGUGCUGCCUCACGCGCGGGCUCCGUUAACGGCAGGAUUCGCGCCCUGCCCGAGGCAGUCCGGCUUCCCAGCUCUGCCUUUGUGUCUGGCCAUCGCCUGCCACCCCCCGGCAGGGCUGGAGUGGCAUAUAGGAGGAAACAUGAACGGGAACAAAACAAAUUGUGUCCUGCUCACUGGCUUCAUUAUUCUGGCUGUGUUUUGCAGUUCUGGAUAUAUGCUGAAGUGUUACAACUGUCCACUUACUGCUGUGCCAUGUAAGACCAAUGUUACCUGCCCAAGUGACACUGAUUCUUGCCUAUGGCUUAAAGUUGGUGAAAGCACGCUCUCUCUUUGCUAUAAAUAUUCCAACUGCGACAUAAACCAAAUUAAAGAGAAAUACAAGAUUGACAACUUCACUUUCAAAUGUUGCCAAAAAGAUCUGUGUAACAGGAGUCAAACCACAAUGAUUAGUACAGCAGUCUUCAGCAUUGCUACCAUGAUGACCAUGAUCUGGAUACUCUGCUUUUAAGAUGGAGGGGGAAA